CUGCCUUCGUACGCAUGCGCACAUACAUAAGCGUUAGAAGAACGAAAAAUCAAAAAAGCAUCACGGCGACACGUCGGAACGUGAAAAGGCUGUGAAUCAGGGCGAAAACCAACAUGAAAAUGUUGAAAGAGUUGGUGAGAAAGCGACUUAUAGCAGCCGCCGACGAAAUCUUCGGCUUGUUCGAAAGCACCGUCGCGUCUUACGAGGAGCAACUUUAUCGUGCCAGAGAGGAGAGCGAGCGACAGCGGAAACUGGGCGACGUUUGCCCAAAAGCUCACAUCCAAGCGAGAUUGGAUCAACGACGAGCCACCGGUGGAAAAGGUCAAGUCAUUCCAGAUGCACUGUUAGCGCCAGACAGGCGCUCUCCUCCCGUCAAAGAGGAAGAGGAGGCGCCACGGUCCUCCCGUGUGAAGGAAGAAGUAGAAGAGGCCGACAUCAGCGAGUUUCCGCUCAAGGUGGUGGUGGUGAAGAGUGAAGACGAGCAACUCUCCGGUGGGUCGUCGCCUCGCAAUCUCCUUUGCGUUCCAAGUGGAGAGCGUCGUAGAGAACCGCAAGCACAUAAACUCUUCUCUUUGCUGUCGGACACCGGGGACACAGGAGAAUCACUGAGCAAUGCAGACUGCCAAGGGGACGGCAAACGCUUCCUGCCCUCGGAAAACGACUCGACUGAAAGGAGAUGUGGCACAGACCAAGAUCCGCAGUCCCCACUCAUCAAAGAGGAAGAGGAGCAGGUGGACGUCAGCAACAAGCCGCUUACUGUCAUCUCGGCGAAGAGUGAAGACGACGAGCUUUGUCGUCGAAGCAGAGGGGCGGCGGUGGACAACCUCUUGGCACCGCUGUCGCAUAGCGAAGACACAGAAGAAUCGUCGAAGAGCGACACGGACUGCGAAGGUGACGACAAACGCUCGAUAAAAGAAGCGCCAAAGCGUUUUGUCUGUUCGGCUUGCGGUGAAAGGUUCGCCCGCAAGUCAAACAUGGUAACGCACAUGCGUGUCCACACGGGAGACAAACCUUUCUGUUGUUCGGUUUGCGGUGAAACGUUUGCACGUAAGGUCUCCUUGAAGGGGCACGUCGCCACGCACACGGGAGAGAAACCUUUCACCUGCUCAGUUUGUGGCGAAAGAUUUGCCUAUAAUUACAAUCUCACCCGACACAUGCACACGCACACGGGAGAUAAGAGUUUCGCAUGCUCCGUUUGCGGUAAAAUCUUUAAUCAGAGGGCCAACAUGGUGGCGCACUUGAGAACGCACACGGGAGAAAAACCUUUCCAGUGUUCGCUUUGCGGCGAUCGCUUUGCUCAUCGCGUCUCGUUGAUCGCGCACACAGCCACACACUCGGGACAAAAACCUUUUCUUUGCUCAGUUUGUGGCGAAGGGUUUUCUUACAAGUACAGCUUGACCGCACACAUGCGCAAACACCGACAGUGACAAAAGAAAACAAAAAAAACAGCCCAGUUUUGCAUGUGGAGGUACGAAUGCCAUGAAUUUCCUCCAGCCCUUGUACUACUUAAACAGUUUGAGCGUGCACGUGCGCACGCUCACUCGAGAAAAACCUUUUCGUUGCUCGGACUGUGGCGAAAGAUUUACUGGUAAAAAGAAUUUGAACGUACACAUGCAGAUGCGCACUGUAGAAAAACCCUUUGGUUGUUCAGUUUGUGCGAAAAGAUUGUCUCAAGACUCAUGUGAUUACACACAGCGGGGAAAAAUCUUGUAGUUGUUCUGUUUGUCGUUCUACAUCUGCCCAAAAAACAGCUUUAAUUGUGCACUCAGCGUGGAGAAAAACCAUCCAGGUGCGCAGUUUGUGGCGAAAGCCUUUUUUUUUAAUAAGCGCAGUUUGAACGCACACAUGGAAACGCACACGGGCGAAAAACCCUUCAGCUGCUCCGCGUGCAGUAAACCAUUUCCCUAAAAGCAAAACAUGAUCAAACCCAUGCGAACGCACACGGGAGAGAACCCUUUCAUUUGCUCGCUUUGCUGCGACACAUUUGCUCACAGCUUCUCUUUGACCAUACACAUGCACAAACACACGUGGGGGAAAAACCCUUUAGUUGCCCAGCUUGUAGCUAAACGUCCGCCUGCUACAAUGCCCACCAGAACAAGAACAUCAAAAUAUUUUCCAAGAGCCUCUUUUGUUGGCUGUAUGCAUCAAGGUGUACCUAAUAAAGUGACCAGCGAGUGUGUCUGUACGCAUGUGCCGA